AUGGACCCUCUCGAAGCCAGUUUACUGCUGACGCGGCUGCAUGAGAGCAGCAGAAAGAGGGGCAUGGCCUUGGGGCCGAGGACCCUGCCUGGCACCAGCACCUACCUGCUUCACAGCUGCCGUGCCGCCGUCCCGCCCCCCACUGCCCCGGAGCGAGUGGACCAGAGCACAACUGUCCAGAGGACACCGGUGGGCCCGGAGGCUCCGGAAACCUCCGGCCUGGGCCCCAGGGAGCCACUUGCUCUCCAGAAGGCCACCUCCCCGCUCCCGGGCACUGAGGCUGCAGACGAACCUGGCCCCGGCCUCCCACCAGCAGCCUCCGGGAAGGUGCCGGAGCCUCUCCCUCCUGGGAGCCAGGACCAGGGCGCAGGGGCUCCUGCCGCGGCACACGAACGCGUGGUGCCCAUCAGGAUGGAGAGCGCGGCCUGGCCGGGGACACAGGCCCCUGAGCUCUGGGAUGUCUGCAGCCACGUGUUCACAGAGACCACGCACCGGACAUACGUGUACAAGGCCGGCGACCCGGGUGCCGCAGCAAGGCCCCCGUCCAUGCAGGUCACCAUCGAGGACGUGCAGGCACAGGAAGGCGGCACAGCACAAUUCCAGGCGGUCAUCGAGGGCACCCCGCAGCCCACGGUGACCUGGUAUAAGGACGGCGUCCAGCUUGUGGACAGUGCGCGGCUCAGCCAGCAGCAGGAGGGGACAACCUACUCCCUGGUGCUGAGGGAGGUGGCCCAGCUCGAUGCCGGGGUCUACACCUGCCUGGCCCAGAACGCUGGUGGCCAGGUGCUGUGCAAGGCGGAGCUGCUGGUGGGUGGAGGGGCCAGUGACCUGGGCUCAGAGAAGCAGAGCUAUCGGAGAAAACUACACUCUUUCUACGAAGUCAAGGAAGAGAUUGGGAGAGGUGUGUUCGGCUUUGUGAAGAGGGUGCAGCACAAGGGCAACCAGAUGUCCUGUGCGGCCAAGUUCAUCCCCCUGCGGAGCAGGACGCGCACCCAGGCCUACCGGGAGCGAGACGUGCUGGCAGAGCUGAGCCACCCGCUGGUCACCCGGCUGCUGGACCAGUUUGAAACUCGCAAAACCCUCAUCCUCGUCCUGGAGCUGUAUCCAGCCCCCAGCCCCAAGCCCCAGGCGCCCGAGGAGGGAGCGCGCCUCGGGAGAGCAGGGGUCCCCCGGGCGCUGCGGGUCAAGGUCUACAUCCAGCAGCUGGUGGAGGGUUUGCACUACCUGCACAGCCACGGCAUCCUCCACCUGGACAUAAAGCCCCCCAACAUCCUGAUGGUGCACCCUGCCCGGGAAGACAUUAAAAUCUGCGACUUCGGCUUUGCUCAAAGAGUCACCGUGGCAGAGCCACAGUAUAGCGAGUACGGGUGCCCCGAGUUUGUGUCCCCGGAGAUCAUCGAGCAGACGCCUGUGAGCGAGGCCUCUGACAUCUGGGCCAUGGGGGUCAUCUGCUACCUCAGCUUGACCUGCGCGUCCCCAUUUGCGGGCGAGAGUGACCGAGCGACCCUCUUGAACGUGCUGGAGGGGCGGGUGUCCUGGAGCAGCCCGGUGGCUGCUCACCUCAGCCAGGACGCCCAGGACUUCAUCAAGGCUGCCCUGCAGAGGGCCCCCCAAAGGCGGCCCAGCGCAGCCCAGUGCCUCGCCCACCCCUGGUUCCAGGGAGCCAAAGGUCUUCCCCAACACACGUGCUUUCUCUCCUGGCCCCCCCAGAAGUCCCUGCCGGCGGAGGAGGCCCACUUCAUCAACACCAAGCAGCUCAAGUUCCUCUUGGCCCGCAGCCGCUGGCAGCGCUCCCUGAUGAGCUACAAGUCCAUCCUGGUGAUGCGCUCCAUCCCCGAACUGCUCCGAGGCCCGCCCGACAGCCCAUCGCUCGGGGUGGCCCGGCACCUGCGCGGCGAGGCCGCCUCCUCCAGCAGCUCCUCGUCCUCCGACAACGAGCUGGCGCCCUUCGCCCGCGCCAAGUCGCUGCCGCCGUCCCCGGUGACGCACUCGCCGCUGGUGCACCCGCGGGGGUUCCUGCGGCCGUCGGCCAGCCUGCCCGAGGAGGCCGAGGCCUGUGCCCCCCGGGAGCCCGCGCCGCCCGGGGGCGCAGAGCCCGCCGCCGCCCCCGCCCCGGGCUGCGUGCCCCGGCAGAGCGUCAUCCGCAGCCUGUUCUACCAGCAGGCCGAGCAGAGCCCGCCGCGCGGGGCCCCGGCCACGGCCACGGCCACGGCCACGGCCACGGCCACGGGCAGGCGGGUGCCCGCGCGGCGGAGACACCUGCUCAAGGGCGGCUACUUCGCGGGCGCCGUGCCCGGACUGCGGGAGCCGCUGCUGGAGCACCGCGCGCUGGAGGAGGCGGCCGCCCGGGAGGAGGGGGCUGCUCCUGCGGCCUCGGCACCCUCCUCAGAGAGGUCCACCAGGGCCUCCGGAGGCCCCUGCCGCGGCCAUUCCCUGGGCUCCGAUUGUCCCCGCGGGGCCGGGCACUCCGGAGAGGCCUGCCAGGAGGGGCAGGGUCUCUCACCCACCCUCUGGGGCCUCCAGGCUGAAACAGGAGGGCAGAGCGUGGCCAGAGAGGUGGAAGGGCAGAGACCAUUUCCAUCUCCUGGAGGAGAUCCGCGCCUUGCUGAGCAAGAGAGGUCCUCCCAGGACAGCUGUGGGGGGCAGCCAGCUCCCUUUUCUCACCCCCAGGCGGGCCCUGCCACCGGGAAGGGCUCUGGUGCAACCCCGAGCACCUCCCUCUCCCGGGGACUGCAGGCUCCCUCCCCCCCAGCGCAGGCAGGCCUCCAGGCAGGCCCUAAGAGCGGGCUGGAGGCCACCCUGUUCCCUGCGGGGCCCGGGCUGCCCAGCUCUCCGGGGCCAGCCUCCCCCUCUGGCCUGGACACCGAGGACCUGUGGGAGUCCGAGCCCAGCCCCUCGCAGCCUCAGGAGCAGGCCACCUCACGCAAGUUCUCCCUGGGGCAGCCUGGAGGCUUUGCCGGGCUGGCCGGCUACGGCGCCUUCGCCUUCGGUGGGGACGCGGGCGGCAUGCUGGGGCAGGGGCCCCUGUGGGCCCGGAUGACCUGGGCCGCCUCUCAGUCCCUGGAGGAACAGGACGAAGCAGGGGCCGAGAGCCCCCUCCCCCAGGCCAGCGCGGUGCCCCUGCCCGAGGGCAGCGGGGCCAGGGGGUCCCAGGUGUCGCUGGUGCAGAUCCAGGACCUGUCCCUGUCCCUGUCGGGGGACAUGGAGGCAGCGGACACCAUGUCUCUGGAUAUAUCGGAGGUGGAGCCUGCCUACCUCAACCUGUCACACCUGUACGACAUCAAGUACCUUCCCUUUGAGUUCAUGCUCUUCCGGAAGAUGCCCAAGCUGGAGCUGCCCCCGUCCCCAGCGUGGGAGCCCGAGGAGGAGCUGGCUGGGCUCCCGGAGGCCCCCUGGUCCUGGCAGGGCGGGCUGGGCCUGGAGAUCAGGGAGGAGCCGGAGGACAGCGCGGCCCUGCUCCGGGAGGCAGACGGCAGCAGGAAGCGCAAGUGGUCACCCCCCUCCGGUGGCCCCCGGAGAGUCCCGGGGAGGCGUGCCCUGCUGGAAGAGCCGGUGGAACUGGGGCUGCGUCAGAGGGUGAGGGCCUCGGUGGCCCAUAUCUCCAGCCUCCUGAGGGGCAGGCCUCAAGGUCCAGAGAAGGAGGGUCCCCCUAGGAAAAAGGCAGGCCUGGUUUCGUUCCGGCUGUCGGGUCUGAAGAGCAGAGACCAAGCGCCGACCUUCCUAAGGGAGCUUGCAGAUGAGACGGUAGUCCUGGGCCAGUCUGUGACUCUUGCCUGCCAAGUGUCGGCCCAACCAGCUGCCCAAGCCACUUGGACUAAAGACGGGGUCGUCCUGGAAAGCAGCAGCCGCCUCCUCAUCUCCUCCACACUGAAGAACUUCCACCUUCUGACCAUCCUGGUGGUGACCUCUGAGGACCUGGGAGUGUACACAUGCAGCGUGCACAACGCCCUGGGCAUGGCUGCCACCACAGCUGUCCUCCGAAAGGCCGAGCGCCCCUCGUCCUCCCCGCGCCCGGACAUCGGGGAGGUGUAUGCUGAUGGCGUCUUGCUGGUCUGGAAGCCCGUGGAGUCCUAUGGCCCCGUGACCUACAUCGUGCAGUGCAGCCUGGAAGGUGGCAGCUGGAGCACGCUGGCCUCGGACAUCUUUGACUGCUGCUACCUGGCCAGCAAGCUCUCCAGAGGCGGCGUGUACGCCUUCCGGACUGCGUGCGUCAGCAAGGCCGGCAUGGGUCCCUACAGCAGCCCCUCUGAGCAGGUCCACCUGGGAGGGCCCAGGCACCUGGCCUCUGAGGAGAGCCGCCCCGCGCCGCCCGCCCAGCCGCUCCCCAGCACGCAGACCUUGGCCUUCCAAACACAGAUCCGAAGGGGCCGCUUCAGCAUAGUGCGGCAGUGCCGGGAGAAGGCCAGCGGCCGGGAGCUGGCCGCCAAGAUCAUCCCCUACCGCCCGGAGGACAGGACGGCCGUGCUGAGCGAGUACGAGGCCCUCAAGGGCCUGCGCAACCCGCACUUGGCCCAGCUACACGCCGCCUACCUCAGCCCCCGGCACCUGGUCCUCAUCCUGGAGCUGUGCUCGGGGCCGGAGCUGCUCCCCUGCCUGGCCGAGCGGGCCUCAUAUUCGGAGUCCGAGGUGAAGGACUACCUGUGGCAGAUGCUGAGCGCCGCCCAGUACCUGCAUGCACAGCGCAUCCUGCACCUGGACCUCAGGUCCGAGAACAUGAUCGUCACGGAGUACAACCUGCUCAAGGUGGUAGACUUGGGCAACGCCCAGAGCCUUGCCCAGGAGCAGGUCCUGCCCUCGGAGAGGUUCAGAGACUACGUGGAGACUAUGGCCCCGGAGCUCCUGGAGGGCCAGGGCGCUGUCCCACAGACGGACAUCUGGGCCAUCGGUGUGACGGCGUUCAUAAUGCUGAGCGCUGAGUACCCGGUGAGCAGCGAGGGCCCGCGGGGCCUGCACAAAGGCCUGCGCAAGGGGCUGGUCUCGCUGAGCCGCUGCUACGCGGGGCUAUCCGGGGGCGCCGUGGCCUUCCUGCAGAGCACGCUGUGCGCGCACCCCUGGGGCCGGCCGAGCGCGUCCAGCUGCCUGCAGUGCGCGUGGCUGACGGAGGAGGGCCCCGCCUGCUCCCAGCCCUCCGCCGUGACCUUCCCCACCGCCCGCCUGCGCGCCUUCGUGCGGGAGCGGGAGAAGAGGCGGGCGCUGCUGUACAAGAAGCACAACCUGGCCCACGUGUGCUGAGUGCUCCGUCCGUCCUUCUAAGCGGGGGGGGGGGGGGGGGGGGGGGGGGGGGGGUCACACUGCGGGGCCGCACCCCUGGCCUGGCCUCCGCA